AGAAGAAAUAAAGACGGAAACUUUUUUUUUUUUCCUUCAAAUUUUGAUGUCUAUUUCUCUGUUUUAGGCUGUUGGGUUGUCUCAGAAUUCGUUCAUUCAUAAAUAAAACAAUAAAAACAUAACAAAACUUCCAGGGAGACUUGAAGAAAUUGAUCACAAUGAUCAGAACUCCUCGAUCUUCCAAAGAUGGAAUGAAUAAGGGAGCUUGGAAGGCUGCCGAAGACCAGAUUUUGAGAGAUUAUAUCAAGCUCCGUGGUGAAGGAAAAUGGAGCAAUGUUGCUAAAGAAACAGGCUUGAAGAGAUGUGGAAAGAGUUGCAGGCUUCGAUGGAUGAACUAUCUGAGACCUGAUAUAAAGCGAGGGAACAUUUCUCGCGAUGAAGAAGAGCUCAUUAUCCGGCUGCAUAAGCUCUUGGGCAAUAGGUGGUCGCUAAUUGCAGGCAGACUCCCCGGAAGAACGGACAAUGAAAUAAAGAAUUACUGGAACAGCAACUUGGCUAAGAAGCUACCGGAGCCGCUGGUACAGUCUAAAAAUAUUAACAAAAUGAGAACAAGAGUUAAAUUUCAGCUCCCAUCUUCAUCAUUACCACCACCAGCACCGCCGACACCAGCUGCCGGAAACAGUGUGUUCAUUGGAGCCGCAGCUCCUUCUGAUGAAGAAGACACUAAAGAACUCAUUAAUGGAGUGGAGCUACCACUAUGCACAGAAGGCCAUCGCGCCCGGAUUGAUAAGACCGCCAUUCAUGAAACUGAAACUGGUUGGCACAGCUUCAGUGAUGGGUCGCCAUCAUCAAUGUCGACUAAAGAAGGAGACAAUGACAAUUCGUCGGACUUUAUGAUGCUGGAUUUUAACGUGGAGGACUUCUGCAACAUUCUUGAUUGUAACGUGGAGGACUUCACGAAUAAGUUCAGUGAAACGGAGGAUGAAGCAUCGAUUUUUCCUGAGAAAAUUAUGGAGGAAAAUUUGGGAGGAGAUCAAAGCGAUACAACAACUACUACUACAGCAGAUCAAGAUCAAUUCUUGUCGUUGGCUUCUUCUUUUCUUGAAUCAGCUGAAGAAUGGCCGGGAGAUCAUGAUUUUAACAAUAAUAUUAAUCAUGUUUCGAAGUCGUUUAACCUUCACUAAUUUUCAAUUUGGACCCAUUGACUUCAUCUGAAAAUUUGAUAAAUAAUGAGUGGGUUAAUUUAGCCCUUCCUUUUUAGUA